AUGCCUUUUUGCAAGAGGACUAUUGUUCCCACAGACGUGUGUAAGAGUCGCGGCGCGAUCUUCACGGAUCUGGUGGAUGUUUGUGGCUUGACUCUGUGCGCGGUCCUCCGUCAGCUGUCGGAUUUAUCCCGUCAGUCGGUGAGCAUCCUGGAGGAGCUGGAGGGAGAGCUCGCCUCCAUCUGCUACCGCUCCGGAGCGCUGGAAAAUAAACUUAUCAGUCUGCAAAAACACAUCUCGACGCUGGCCAGCAAACCUCCGUUCAGAAUUUCAGAUGUGAUCAGCAUUGAGAAGACAGGAGAAAACUUCAGGCUGAUUUAUGAUUGUAAGGGACGCUUCACAGUUCAUCGCAUCACAAAUGAGGAAGCCAAGUACAAGUUGUGCAAGGUGAGGAAAAUUCUCGUUGGCACAAAGGGAAUCCCACAUCUGGUCACCCAUGAUGCCCGCACCAUUCGUUACCCUGACCCUAUGAUCAAGGUCAACGACACUGUCCGCAUUGACUUGGAAACUGGCAAAGUUACAGAUUUUAUCAAGUUCGAGACCGGUAACAUGUGCAUGGUGACAGGAGGUGCUAACUUGGGGCGUAUUGGUGUGAUCACCAAUAGAGAGAAGCAUCCCGGCUCCUUUGAUGUGGUGCACGUUAAGGACAGUACUGGCAACAACUUUGCCACCAGGCUCUCCAACAUUUUUGUCAUUGGCAAGGGCAACAAGCCAUGGGUGUCUAUUCCUCGUGGAAAGGGUAUCCGCCUGUCCAUUGCUGAGGAGAGAGACAAGAGACUGGCUGCCAAACAGAGCAGCAGCUAAGUCAACAGACCUAGUGUGCAACCGUGAUUUCAAAUAAAAAAAUUAUUUACAA